AUGGCAGUGCAAGCCGAUGCGGAUCCCUUUGAGCUGUCUCACGACCAAGUGACAGAUGAUCGUGCCCCCGGCUCUGCAGAUCACACAGCAAAGUCUGUCACCCCCAACAGCCACCACUGCCGCACAGAGACAUACACAGAUCAGCAGUCACAGACACGUCGGAUACCAGGCCUAUCCUUCGUUAGCCUACCCACCAUGGCUUCUGCACGAAGCCAUCUUCGCCUGGUUGCCUGGGCAGUGCUUGCCACGCUUGUCUUGGGCUUCACAGCAACCAAUGCGCUCCGGCUCCGCUUCGACCCGGACUACAGCCCGCCGUCUGUGGCGGAGGCCACAGCAAACCCGCGCCGCUACCGCGCAUACAACCGGCCCGUCCUCUCCCACAUCCUGCGCCCAAUCAAGGUGCGCAUUGAGGACGACAACGGCAACCUGGUGACCUCUGGGCCAGACUCCGAGCUCGCUGUGACGCUCUUCGCGGAGUCGGCCUUCCUUGGCGGCGUCAUCUUCCCCGAUGAGACGCCCGUGGCAAACGCAAUCACAGACGCAGGCAGCCAGAUGCUGUAUGCCACGUCUGGCAGCGAGCACCCGUACCAGGAGGACCACCGCACCAUCCGCCAGGACCCCUACGAGACACGCGCGGUCGGCGGCGUCGCCACGUUCCCGCCCUUCUUCGCCACAACGCCCACCGUGUUUGUGGAGAACGCCACCACGGGGUACCCCUACGUUGGCGGGCAGGAUGUGCUCAUCAACGGCGCGUGCUGCAAGAGCAUCUGGCGCGCCGCAACCUCGGACCCGACCAAGGCCUCCGCCAUCGUCAGCAACCCGUACCACGUCUUCCAAGAUAGCGGACGCCUGAUUCACUUCUCAUUCUCCGGAAAGAGACUUUUGGAGAAGCUUCGGGGAAAGAAGGAAGGUCCGUAUCAUGUGCGGCUGAUGUCGCUCAACUACCAACAGCGCGACGCCGACGGCAACCCGACCCCAAUCCCGCUCCUCCACGGCGCAGACACAGACGUCGACAUCCAGCUCAGCGUCGCAUGGGACCGGAAGAUUGUUGCUGCGGACCCGCCGGCAAACAUCUCUGUCAAUGGCAUGAACAGCGCGCGCCUGCUGUACUCCGAGGUUGAGCUGCACGGGCCCGGGGUCACCACCAUCUUCACCGACGACCUCGCUGUGCGCAAGCGCGCGUCGCUGCUGCCGAGCGGCUACUACGGCGCUGUCUUCGAGGGCAUCCACUUCAAGAAGGCCGUGCACAACCUGCGCCUCAACUUCACCAUCACCCACCCUGGCGGCGAGCCAUACUACCUUGACCUGACCACCCACGACGUGCAGAACCCCGAGCCGUACUCGCGCGCGGGCAUGGGCUUCCCCGAGCUGCCGCCGCUGACGCAGUACACGCUGUUCAAGUCGCGCCCGCCGGAGGAGCAGUCGCAGUAUGUCACGGACGAGGAGUUCCGGCCCGUCCGCGACCUGUACCCGUCCGUGUACGAGGGCUACGAGACACACGCCAUGCUCUUCAUGCGCGACAUUGGCACGUCCGAGAUGGGCCUGUCGUGCGAUCUGGUGGAGGACGAGCGUCGGCGCGCGUGGUGCCUGCAGUCCGGCUACACCCUCAACGUCACCGGCGACACGGGCCCGGGCGUCCUCGUCUCAGCGCCCUUCAACGUCACGGGCCGUGAUGCAAGCGAGCUGCGCAUUUCGUGGGCAAAGCCCCUGGACGACAUGCCAGAGGUCAUCACCUUUCCCAUGUGGCACCCGCUGCACCUGGAGCUGUACGAUGCAGAGGGCAAGCACGUUGUGGACGGGCCAGACGCGUUCCUGGACGUCUCCGUUGCUGCACUGGCCCUCAACUCUGCCAACGUCUCUGAUGUUGCCGGCACGGCGCAGCUGUGCGACCCGGCGGUCAGCGACACCAUCACGCUGGCGCAUGGGCGGGUCAAGUUCAAGCACGGCGUGUGUGAGCCCGUGGACCACGUUGCUCUUGAGUUUACCGCCACCACCACCAAGGGCGCUUUUCUUCGCGCCGUCACCAUCCCCUUCGUCGUCCAGGCCGACAUUCCGUUUGGCAUCAUGCUUCCCGUCGAGGCCUCCACCAGCCCCUUCAACGUCGACACGCGCGCGCUGCGCAUGUUCUUUGAGCAGCCCGUGCUUGGCUUCAACGGCAAAGGUCCUGCCGAUCGCACGUUUGGCCACACGGACUCUCGCAUCGACGUCCACUACAUCGACACCCGCGGCACUGAGCUCGAAGUCCUCGCCGCGCUUGACGAGGCGCGCAACACCCACCGCAUCCGCAUGUUCAACGGGCCCUUCAGGAAGGAGCAUGCCGAGACAGUCGCGCAGUGGAUCUCGCACACAGCAUCCGACUUUUGCGCGUUUACGUUCUUUGGAUCGACGGAAGACCUGCGGAACCGGCGGCGCUUCCCCAACAUCUGGCGCUUUGGCUUUGGCGAGGAGAUGUACUACAAGGCCCUGGUCGACAGCAUGGCAAACAAGAUGUGGCGCAAGAUCAUUGUGGUGCACAGCCGCGAGAGCACGACGUUCACAGACGCGUUCUACCGGUCGCUGCGGCAGGCCGGCAUCGACGUGGUUGCGGACGUGAAGAUCCCCGACGCCGUGGUGGAGAGCGGCGGGUCGCUCAUGCCGUACCUGCGCGAGAUCAAGGACACCGGGUACAAGGUCAUCCUGACAAACGUGCGGGACAAGAUGGCGCAGCGGCUCUUCACGGACUUUAUUGAGGCGGAGGUGGACGCGUCGCACGGGUACCAGUGGGUUGGCACGGAGCCCACGCUGCAGACGCUGGACCUGCUCACGCUGCCGGGACCCGCACAUCCACCUGGCGGGCGCGCAGUUCCUGACGCCGAUUUGCAGGCGCAUCAGCAGAAGGACGAGGAAGCGGCGAUGAACGGGGCGUCGACGCUUCGCUGGACAGCGCCGGAGCUGCUCUCGGGCGUGUCUGCCAUUGACGACAUCCUUGAGGGAACCCAGCAAGGCGACGUCUACAGCUUUGGCGUGAUGAUGAACGAGGUGUGGACGCGCGAGCAGCCGUACGACGACUUUGCGCUGUCGAUGGAGGAAGUGAUUGCCAGUGUCUCUGCCAGCGCCAACCAGCAGGCGCUUGUGCAGCCGCUGCCUGCGAGGCACAACCAGGUUGCACCAAAGCCAAUCCAGGUCAAGUCUGCGUGGACAUCGCCCAAGGACGGCACUGACGGCUCGCUUGUUCGCCCGACGGUUGCGGAGGACACACCACAGGGCCUGAAGGAGCUGAUGGAGCAGUGCUGGCACCCGGACCCUGCGCAGCGGCCCGCGUUCCGUGAGAUCUGCCAACGCCUCGACGCCCUGCACCCAACAGAGGGCAGCAUGGUCGACAACCUCAUCUCAAUGCUGGAGAAGUACUCGCAGAACCUCGAGGGCAUUGUGAGCGAGCGGACCAAGGAGCUGGCUGCGGAGAAGGAGAAGGUGGAGGAGCUUGUGUGCCGCAUGCUGCCGAAGCAGAUUGUGGAGGACCUGAAGGUUGGCAAGAACGUCAAGGCCGAGAGCUUCGACAACGUCACCAUCUUCUUUUCCGACAUCGUCGGCUUCACGCGCAUCUGCUCGCAGAGCACGCCACUGCAGGUGGUUGACAUGCUGAAUGACCUGUACACGCUCUUCGACACGAUCAUCGAGGACUACGAUGUCUACAAAGUGGAGACCAUUGGCGACGCCUUCUCUGUCGAGUCUCUCUCUCUCUCCCUCUCCAGUCUCUCAGUCGCCUGUAUUCAUGUGUAUCUGUGGACCAUGAAAUCGGUGUAA